AAGCACACCACGACUGAAUACUGAACUUCUCCAACUAACCCAAGGAUGUUAUAAUGCCCCAAUUUUCUUUCCCCAAGAUCUGUCUCUAUAAGAUAAAGGAUCUAAUCAAACAUGUGAAACGGUCCAGAAGCUCACUGACUGACCAAAAACUCCAGCCAACCCUUAAAGAUUUGCUACAGAAUAAAGUGUAUUUAGCAGCCUUCCACUCCUAUCUGCAAUCUGAGUUUAGUGAUGAAAACAUUGAGUUCUGGCUCAUAUGUGAAAAUUUUAGGGCAACUGCCUCACAAGAAAACCUCCAGCCAAAAGCAAGGAGGAUCUACAAAGAGUUCAUCCGGCCUUCAGCCCGUAAAGAGAUCAAUGUAGACCACUACAUUAGAGAGGAGAUCAAGAAAUCCUUGGAGAAACCAGGUACAAGAUGCUUCGACGAGGCCCAGAGACAUGUUUACCUGCUCAUGGAAAGAGAUUCGUGCCCAAGAUUCCUACAGUCUGAUGCUUACAUGAGACUGAAUCAGAAAUCCAGGACGAUAUGGUGCAUUUAAACACAAUGAAAAAAAAAAGUUGUUUUUGUAAGCUGUUAAAAAAGAAAGGCACACUUUGUUGGCUGUCUCAGGUUUGUUAAAAAAAAAAAAAAAACCUUACCGUGUGUUUAAGGAUGUGCAACGCCAUAUGUUUGGAGAAAUUAUGUGUGGAAUAAAUAAUGGAGCUAAACCACAAGGAAG